UUCAUAGCGACAAGGGGUACAUCAACCACUUGCGCGUAGUAACUAAAACCUGGUCCUUCAUCUCGAUUUCGAGAGCAAAUUGACAGCGUAAAUCACACCUUUCACCGACAAUGGCAGACGAAGAGUCAGAGACGACCGCGAAGCCAUCAAGCAAGCGCAUUUUUGUCAACCAUGUCGAUUGCUAUCAUGGCAAAAAUAUUGGGAAAUACCUAUCCAAUUGUGUCGUUGGGGCGUCUCUGGAGGAAAUAGAGGAGGAAGAAGAAGAUGAUGUUUCUGUACAGAGCGACGUCGUUGGCCCACCAAAGAUAGGAACCUAUCACAUCAUUGGAUCCCUCAAGAAUCGCAAUAAGCCAAAACCAGCUUGGGUGCAAGAAAUUGUCAGUUUCCCUGAGAAGGAGCACAUGUUGGAACAUCUUGCAGAGUGUGAUGUUGUUGUUUAUGACAUCAAUGAGGACCCUAGUCAGAUUGACGAAGCUUCAUGGGCUGUUUCAGCAUUACAUGCAGAGCUGGAUCGUUUUGAAUCUCCAAAGAUGUUUGUGCUGAUCUCAAACAUCAUGACGUGGGCCAAGAGCAAGCCUGUAGAUCCAGAUGAUCCUGAGAUCCCAUUUACUGAGGAGGAUUACAGACGACGGAAAGCACAUAGCAACUUCAAGGCUCACACUAGCGCUGAGAAGCUGGUUAUUAAACUGGGCAAAACGAACAAGGCUAAGUUUGUGACCUACGUUGUUGCAUCUGGACUGACGUACGGUGGUGGUGAAAACAUCUUCCACUAUUUGUUCAAGGCUGCCUGGCAUGGUGAGGUGGAAGCUCUUCAAUGCUUUGGCAAUGGAAUGAACAUCCUCCCCACUAUUCAUGUCAAAGAUCUGGCUGGUGUUAUCCAGAACAUAGCAGACGCUCGACCCAAAACCAGGUAUCUCUUAGCCGUAGAUGACUCCCAGAACUCAUUGGAAGAUAUUGUCAAGUGCAUCAGCACCAAUCUGGGAACAGGCAAAGUGAAACACAUCACCAAGGAAGAUGCCUUGCUAAGCAAAGGGCUUUCGCAACAAGACUUUGACAUGUUGUUGACCAAUCUGAGGAUGGAUGGAGUGUACACCAAGGAGAACAUGAAUAUUCAUUGGGUAUCGGAGAGAGGAGUUAUUGAGAAUAUCAUUCAAAUUAUUCAAGAAUUCAAAGCCACCAGAGGGCUCCUGCCAAUGCGAGGUUGUGUUCUGGGCCCGCCAGCCGUGGGGAAGACCUGUGUUACCGCAGCCCUGUGUAAACAGUACAAACUUCAUCACAUCAAGAUUAAAGAUGUCAUUGAUGAAGCCAUUGAAAUCCUGGAGAAGAGUGCAGCAAGAGCCGACUCUGAUGAGAAUGAAGAUGACGAUGGCAAGGCACAAGAAGAUCAAGAAUUAUUGGAAGCAAUCAUGGAAAGUAAAGAGUCAAAUAAUGGUCGGAUUGAAGAUCAGUACAUCCUUCGUUUCUAUCGGGACAAGCUUCACUCCAUGCCGUGCCAGAACCAAGGCUUUGUCUUAGAUGGAUUCCCCAAGACCAUGGAACAGGCCAAGGAGCUAUUUGCAGCUGAAGAUGAAGAAGAACAAGACGAUAGCAGCAAAGUGCCUGUCUUUGACAAGCUGUCCAUGCCAGAGGUAGUCAUCUCCUUGGAGGCCCAGGACGACUUCCUCAAGAAGCGAGUCAUGAACUUACCAGAGGGUCUAGUGGCCGGCACCCACAACAACGAGGAAGGUUUGAUCCGUAGAUUGACAGAGUUCCGGUCUGUGAAUGAGGAAGACACAACUGUGCUGAAUUACUUUGACGAGCUGGAAAUCCAUCCCGAGCACGUGGAUGUUACUAAGGAGGUAGAUGCCAACAAUGCCACUAUUGUGGAGCAGAUGAUUAAGAUCAUGGGGGAGCCUCGCAACUAUGGCCCCACCCCGGAGGAGGUUGACGAGAUGGAACGCAUUGAGACAGAGAAGAGAGUGAAGAAAGAGCAGGAGGAGAAGGAAGAGAAAGAGAGGCAAGAGGCACAGGAGGUGGCACUCAGGGAGCAACGGGAGAAAGAAUGGGCUGAGAGACUCGAUGAAGUAAAACGUCAAGAGACAGAGCUUCUUGAGAAUCAAUCUAUCCCACUACGUAACUAUCUGAUGAAACAUGUCAUGCCUUCACUUACCCAAGGCUUGAUAGAAUGCUGUAAAGUCAGACCUGAUGAUGCCAUUGACUACCUGGCAGAGUAUCUUUUCCGGAAUAAUCCACAAGUGGAUUAGUUUGUCGCCCUCUCCUGUUUUUCUUCAAAAUAGGGCGGACACAUUCCUUGGAGCAGAAGAGGACAAAUUACCAGAGUAGUGUCAAUGACUUCAGUUAAGCUUUUACCCACAUCCUGGGUUGGUUUAUUUCCUCCAUUAUGGGAGUUAUUCUGUCUUACAAAAGAUAAUCUCAACCCACCUUUAGCGGCCUUAUUGCACAUGCUUUGGCAUUGUUUAUGCAAAUUUGAUAAACAAAUUUUUUAAUAGUUUCAGAACAUUCAGUUCAACAGAAAUUUUGCUCUGUUGGCUUUACAUCAUGUUGUUUAUGUUUCAACAAUAACUACACAACUUCAUGUGUUUCAAGAACCAACUACAAGUAGUGUUCUUCUUUAAAGACAUGGACACUAUUGGUAAUUGUCAAAGACCAAUCUUCUCACUUGGUGUUCUCAUAACAACCCUGUGAA